GGAAGCGACAGCGGCAGCGGUUUCGAUAAAUAAAUGUUUGAGUUAUGUAGAAAAACAUUUCGGGCGAGAAGAUUUUCGUUUUCGUUGCGAUUCAGUUAACAUUUGGCAAAAGGAUUCCGCCUAAAACAGACAAACCGACGGAUGCCGCGACACAACUCAAAACUUAAUCGCUUAACACAAAGUUAAAGUUAAAUGCAAAUGCGAAUGCGAAUGCGGAAACGUAAAACGAAACGAUAACGAUCGAUUACGAUAACGCAAAUUGAAACAAAACUAAUCGCGGAGUUAAUGCAAUGUGCUAGAAUUGUGAAAUCAAUUUAAAUGAAUUACAAGUAAAGUGAAUCAGUUUCUGAGCUAAAGUCAAACAAGUGUUGCGUCCUCUAUCUCACUUAGUUAAGCAAUUUCAUCGAUAUACAUAAAUAAAGUACAAGUUUAAAGACAGAUCUCACCAAGUUAUAUCAGCAAAUAAUGCAUACAACAACGGAUCCCAUUCAUGCGCUGCACGAUGGCGACUCUCAGUCUCCGCCGCUGCACAAGAGCCAACGUGGCGCCGGCAUCACUUCCUCCCGUGCUGCCGCUGCCGCUGCGGUGGCCGAUGAAAUGUCCAUGAUCUGUGAUGACAGCGACUUUGAGCCGUCGGCCGCCGGCGGCAGCAGCGGUGACAACAGCAGCGGCACCAACAACGGCAGCGGAGCAGCCGGCGGUCCUCUGGUGAAGCCGCCGUAUUCCUACAUUGCUCUCAUCACCAUGGCCAUACUGCAGUCGCCGCACAAGAAACUAACACUCAGUGGAAUAUGUGAUUUUAUUAUGUCCCGUUUCCCGUACUACAAAGACAAGUUUCCCGCUUGGCAAAACUCCAUUCGCCACAACCUCAGUCUGAACGACUGUUUCAUCAAAGUUCCACGCGAGCCGGGCAACCCGGGAAAAGGCAACUUCUGGACGCUGGAUCCUCUGGCCGAGGACAUGUUCGACAACGGAAGCUUCCUGCGUCGCCGGAAACGCUACAAACGAGCGCCGGCAAUACAGCGCUUCUCGUUUCCCGCCGUCUUUGGCACGCUGUCGCCAUUCUGGAUACGGAAACCGGUGCCGUUGGUGCCGGUGCACUUCAAUGUGCCCAACUUCAAUGGAAGCCGCGACUUCGAUGUGAUGCACACGCCCAGCGAUGUGUUCGACACGGCGCUGCGUGUGGACAAGAAAUUCAACUUCUUCGCCAAUGCUGAGGCAUCGUUCUAUCAGAACAACAGCGAUAAGUUCGAUCGCCUCGCGUUCAUCAAUCGCCGAGCUGAAGUGGCGGAUGCACUGCCUCACAGCAGUAGUGGAGGAGGAGGAGGUGGAGGUGGAGCUGGCAGCGUGACCAGCGAUGCGAGCAGAGCCAGCAAGUACAAGAAUCCCUAUGUGUUUGAUGUGUCCGCUGCUGCCACCGGAUUAGGAGCAGCUGAUUAUCCCGAGCGAGGCAACUAUGCGGAUCUCAAUGUGUACAACGAUGAUGUGGAUGCCGAUGCGGAUGACGCGUCGUGCGACAAGAUCGAUGUGGAGAGUGCCAACGAGCAUGAGCAGGACUCACACAUAUCGGAUUCCGUUGACUCGGUGUGCACGAAUCCCACGAAUCGUCCAGAGACAAACAGCGCACGCGAUCCCGAUGCACGCGAUGAGCUCCCGGAGCGCACCUCUCCCUACGUGCUGCUCUUCGAUCAUCAUGCCGAGGCGUCCAACAGCUCGUUAGCCAUUACGUCCAGUCCCAAGACGCUGACUCCGACUCCAACUCCGUUGCAAGCGCACUCGCAUCGAUCGCUGAGCCGGACGACGCUUCUGCACAUGGACAACGAUCCGGCGACGCUGCGUUGCGCCCGACAGACGAGUGCCAAGGACUUUCGCAUCGAGACACUGAUCGGUCAUGGGCACAGCGAUGGGGCGACCAGUGACUAGGAUUAGGCUUGAAAUUUCACUGAUUGAUUUAGUCGCUUAGUCUUAGGCAUUAGUGUUAGUCAUCGGCUUGUGUAUAUUCCCGUGAUCUAAGCACACAAUUUUAACUACUAUAACUUCUUCUUUACGUUGUAAACUCUAGUUGUACGCGAUAUGCAUCUCAUUACGCCCCCACCCCCUCAUUCAUGUAGUGAUUAUCCCUGGGAUGUAUAUUCGAUGCCAAUACGAAAGUUUUAAUGCGACCAAGAAAAACGCUCUCCACUUGAAAUGUAUAUUAAGCACGAUAUAAAAACAUAUAUUUAAACUAAAUUACGUUUAAACCUGAGUGUAACAUCCAGUAAGAACAACAACAAAGACAUAUAUCAAACAAUUACAUAUUUAUAGCAUACUUUUAAAGCGAAUUCUAUAGAGUUACCAUAUACAUAUAUAUAGCAUACAUAUAUGUGCAUGUACUAUAUACAUAUACCGAUCGUCUGUCUCUGAGUGUCUGUAAUUAUAAUUGUAUUGAGUAUGGCAAUGCGCGCAGCACAUCAAAACACUAUUAAAUAUAGUCUAGUCCUUAAGUGAUUUGCUGAUGUUAUUGAAAAUUUAAU